CUUGUAUGUCUAUUUACUUAAUAUGUUAAUAUUAUUGUCUUUUAAAUCGCGUGAAAUUCUAUUGUAUAAUUCAAUAGAGGUAUUCCUGAACUUUGAAAUAGGUAAAAAUAAUCUAUAAAUUAUAUCAUGUAAUUUAUGAGUGACUGUAAAGUCUUGAUCUUUUAUAAUUUUUCUGGCAAAUAGAUUUUUUAAGUAAUACAUUUUUUUUUUUAAAUUGUAGGUACUUUUUAAUUGUGUAAUUAUUGUUAAAAAUCAAAAAUAAUUUUUGAAUAUGUUUUCGAAGAAUCAAAAAUCGUGGAUUAAACCUCACGUACUAGAAAAAGUGAGUGAUAUUAUUUUCAAUACAAUCCAUUGUAUGUACAUAACAUAGAAUUGUCUGUGAUUCAAUUGUCCAAUUUUCAAAGAUUUGGGUUUAAUGAUAUAAUUUGUGGUUUUACUUUGUUAAAUUUUAUUUUUUUAUGUUUAAUAUUAUUACCAUAGACAUUAAAUCUAUAAUAAUAUCUGUAAUUAUUAUACCCAAAAUGAAUUUAUUUAUUUAUCAAUUGAUAAAUAAAAUAUAAAUAUAUAAAUAUAAAUGGUAUAAUAUUAUGAUAAGUAAAUACUUAAAUUCUUAAUACUUAUAAUUUAUAAAAUAGGGUACAGGUUAUAAUUUAUGUUAGAAGUUUAUUUGGUAUCUAAUUUGUGAAUUUUUGUUUUUACGUUAAUUAUUUAAGCACUAAAAUAUUUAAUUUUAUAAUUUAAAAAAUUACUGUUAAAAUCAUUACCUUUUUAUUUUAUAUUACAUCAAAAUAAAAUAGUUUUAUUAGAUAUUUUCUUUAAUAUUAAAAUUGAUUUAAUUAGCUGUUCUUGGUAAUAGUAUGCAAUUGAAGCAAGUUUAUGAAUAUUUAGUUUAUUGAUUUUAUAAGUUAAUGUCAGAUUUUUUAAGAAUAAUUAAAAAAUUAAAAAUUAAUAUAUAAACUAAUUACCUAAUUUCUAUAUCUAUUGAACAAAUUAUAAUAAAUAUACAACUAUUAAAUGCAUUUUAAACUAAUUUCCUUUAUAGAAUUUUUAAUAAUAUAAUGCACCUACUCAUUUCUAAUACAUUUCAUUUUAAUAUGCAAUUAUAUUAUAUUUUUUAUUUGAUUUGUUUUAGAUAAUAUUACAAAAUACUGAUUAUUUUGCAAUGAAAAUGUUAACCCAAAUAAGGUAAAUAUUAUUAUAUGUUACAAACAUGUUAACAAUAUAAAAUAUGCCAUUUUAAUAAUAUGUUUCAUAAUAGAUGGAAUCUGGGAUAGAUUUUUGGGGGAGAGGAGGCAGACUGCGGUUAAACUAAAAAUUGAUUACAUUAAAUAAAACUCUUCUCAUUGAUUAGCAUUGACAAUUAGCAUAGUUAUAUAUUAUUUGAGCAUUAUAAAUACCUAACUAUAAAUUUAUAUUUUUUAAUUUUAUUGUGGUAUAUUAUUAUAAUUAUUGUAGAAAUUUUUUGGUACGAACCGGUAUACCCAUACAUUUUGUACCGGUUUACUAACACAUGAUACCAAUUAUUUUAUUUUACACCAGUAUAGAUAUUCGAUGAUGGAAAUCGGUGUAUCCCCACAAUUGUCCAAAAUUAAUAAUGAUAAUACUAUCAAUUAUUUAAAUUAUUAGUGAUUACCUGUACUAUACUUCUCAUUUACCGCUAAUAAAUACUUAAUACAAAUUAAUUUGAAUAGGUAUUAAUUGUUAUCAAUUAAAUUAUUAUUAUAAUUUAUUUGUUUGUUUAUUAUUUCGAGGGAGAAAUGACCUCUCAUUUAUUUACCUCCUCAUUUAGGGGUUUUAUCCCCUCGGAUAAAACCAGUGUAAAUAGUUUGCACCAUAUGCAUGCCAUGGUGCAGACAAAUUAAAUCGGCUUUGUUAAUUUUAACACUGGUUACUCCAAAAAAUGUCUCAAAUUCAUACCGGUUUGCUUUUCAAUGAGAAAUUUACACCAGUUUGUAACAAUGAAUUUUUUGAUUGUUUUAUGUAAAGGCAUCACCAAUUAUUAUCAUUCCUUUUAGUUAAAAUUUUUAUUAGAAGUUGUGUAUCUAUUCAUUUUUGGUUUUUAGAUAUUACUCUGAUGAUUAUCAAUAUAUACAAAAAAGUAUUAUACCUACAAUGCAUUUCCAAAGAUCUCUGCCCAGACUUCCGGUUCCAGAAUUAAAAUUAACCUGUGCACGUUAUCUUAAAGCUCAACAGCCUUUACUAUCAAAAAAUGAUUAUUUAAAAACAAAAGAAAUUGUUGAACAUUUUGAACAAAAUGAUGGUAGGAUAUUACAAAAUAUGUUGAAAACAACAAAUAAUUUCAACACAAAUACCAGCUAUAUUACUGAAGAUUGGUUCAAUAUGUAUUUGUCAGAUAGAACACCAUUACCAAUUAAUUACAAUCCAUUAUUAGUAUUUAAGCAAUCUGUUGAUGAAUACAACAACCAACUUCUCCGAACAGCCAAUUUGUUAAUAUCAUCAUUAAGGUAUGUUAUUUUUAUUUAAAUUAGUAUUUUUUUUUAUUAUAACAUAACUGUUCGAGAAAAUUUAAAUAAAUUAUGUAUGGCUUAGGUUUUAGUUUUUAAAUUUUUUACUCAUCCUUGGUAUUUUUAUUCAACUAAUUUAUAUAAAUUAAAAAUAAUAAUUAAUCUAUUUUAAUUUCAACAACUUAAAACAUCAAAAAAUAAGCUGAAAUGUUAUAUGUGUUUUUUAAAAAAUAUUUUAUUGGUUUAUUUUUGAAAUGAACACCAUUUCAUUUUUAAUACUAUCCGGUUAUCUACCAAAAUAUUCCUUAGACUAUCUGCUAUAGAUGUUGGCCAUAUUUAGAUAUUUGGUGUAUUUGAAUUGCUAAAGGUUGACAUGUAUUGUUACCACUUUACUAAUAAUUUACUAUUAUAUACAGAUUUUUAAUGAUUUAAUUUGAUACAAUUUUGUAUUUAUGCUGUCAAAAAAUGUUUAAAAAAGAUGUCCUAGUAUAAUGGUGACAGGUGCAGCCACUGUUGUAGGUGGGAAAUUUGGAAUGUUGGAUAUAUACUGGAAUUUAAUGUAUAUCUGUACACAAUUAUUAAUCAUUAAAAAGAUUUCUAUUGUUUGUGUAUGUACUUCUGUAGUUGGGUCCACAAAAUUAUAAGUGUAGUUGAUGGUUUUAUGGUUAUAACCAGAUGCUUUUAAUAAUUUGGUAAUAAAAGGACACUGGUAAUCUGAAUAAAUAGUGAUACCUUCCUGUAUUUUAUUCUUGAUUGCCUCAAAAAGUGUUCCCGUUGCCCUAUUUGGAACUUUCAUUAAAAAUACCUCUUUUGUCUUGUGACAAAUUCUUCUGAAUAUCCACUGUGGGAAGUAUUUUAUCAACGUCUUUUCUUUUCGAAAAUUAACUUUCAUCUAUUUCUACAACUAAUCCUAGACCACUAUUUUUACUUGUGGUUUAUUUUCGAUUUUCAUUGUACAUACUUCAUGUAAGUAAUUCUUCCAGUCUAUAACUGUAUAUUUAUUUAAGUUGAAUUGUUGUUCACACCAUAAUGAAUUUGUCAUUUCAUGAUACCAGCUAUUCAUAAAUUACAUGAGAGUCAUAUAUGAUAUUCUGAAAACCAAUUACUAUUAUUUGUAAUUACGUUUUUUUUGCAUUUUUUUAUAUUGUAUUUCUAAAAAAUCAAUUAAAAUACAGCUUUGCUAAGUGAUUAUUUGAACACAUGUUUACACUUGGUAACACUCUAUGUGCUUUAGUUAACCAACCAUAUACUUGGUAGUCUUGGAAAUAUAUUGGAAGUCGAGAUAACAUUAUAGUACUCUUUUUUUUAGUAUAAAUUAAUAUAAUUAACUUAUUGAUUUAUAAAUGAAUGCAAACAUUCAGUUUCCUCUUAAGUUUUAAUAAUAUAUUCCUAUUGUAUUGAUUAUUCUAUACCCAAUUGGAGUAGUUAAUAUUAUAUUUACAUUUAAAAUUUAGAUUUUACAAAUCAUUGAAAGCUAACUUAUUAGAACCUGAAAUAUUCCACAUCAAUCCAAGAAAAAGUGAUACUACCCAAUUUCGAAAAUUAAUGAAAUUUAUUCCAGAAUCAGUUAGUUGGUAUGGAGCUUAUAUGUACAAUGUAAGUAUAAUACAUUUUAUAAAAUUGCAUAUAAAAAAGUUGGUUCAACUAAUUUUUUUUAUAAGUGUAUUUUAAGUACAAAUUUUGAUGAAAAUUGUAAAAAUUACAGCAAUUCAAAACAUAUGUUUGAUGGAAUGCCAUUUAGAAUCUUUCUAAUAUUGUCAGCAUUGGUUUGUACAGUACAUAUAUAAAUUAUAUAACAAGUCCACACACAGUUGACACAGAAACAAUAACAAAACAUAAAUCCAUAUUGAGUAAAAAUUAAACCAUUUAUGAACAAAAUUCAAACAUUAGUUUUUUCUUUUGUCCAUACUAAACAAGUUGGUUUUUUGAAAUUGUAAAACUGAUUUUUAAGGAUCAAAUAUUCAUUCAGUAAUUAUCAUUAUUACUAUUCCUUUAUUUAAACAGCUGAAGCCAAAUAAAAAAAAUAUACAAUACCGCAUCCAAUAAAUAUAGUAAUACAUGGUAUUGUUAGAAAUACAAUAAUUGUGAAAAAUAAAUCAUUAACUGAACAAAAAGUUAUUUAGUUAUACAUUAAACAACUAUAUAUUAUUAUUACUAUUAACCUAUUAGUCAUAAAAUGUGAGCAGUUAACUCAGUGAGUAAUUAACAUGACAGAAUGGCACAUAAAACGCAUUUGAUUGUCUAGUGUGGCAUAGACCAGACAUUGGACAUGUUUUUCGAUUUACAUAGUUCAAAAUUCAAAUACAUACCCACUGAAGUGCAAUAGCAUAGUCCAAUAGACUAUUGUAAAAUAGUUUUUUGAGUUUGAUCAAUAAAUUUAAACUUAUUAAUCUUAAAACACAGUUUUAUAAGUUUCAUAAGUUAUGUGUCAAAUUUUUACAAUUUAAAUAAAAACAAAUUAUUUUAGAGUUUAUGCAUAUUUUUUAAAAUAAGUUUUAAACUUAACAUAUAAAUUAUAAGUUAGCUAUAUGUGCUAUAUAAAUCUUUAUUCCUCAAAUUGUUUUUAACCUAAUACACAAUAAUACAAAAAAAAAUAUUAAAAAUAAGAGCUGAUACUUCAAAAGGAUUUGCCAUUGCUGUAGGUUAGAUUUUCAGAAGGUAGUGAGGAUACAUGUACAGCAAUAAGUAUUAUGCAUGUGUUUUGAAAUGUCAUUUUUUAUUAUUUUGAAAAUAAACACCCAACAUUUUUUUUUUUACUACUAUCAAUGUAAAUUAUAAUGAAAGAAUUAAAUUAUCUAAUGUUUUUGAUUGAACUAAACAAUUUUAUUCAUAUAGAAUCAAAAAAAAAAAAAAGAUGGACAUACUGUGGGCCACUGUUGUAGAUAAGAAGUUGGGAAAGUAGGAUAUAGAAUAGAAUUUAAUGUAUAUCUGUAUGCAAUGAUUAAUCAUUGCUAAAUCAUUAUGAUUCUCAGCUAAGUUAAGUUGAUAGUGUGGCUGUGUCAACAAUAUAUAUAUAAUUAAUAUAAUCAAAUAAUUUUUUAUGCAUUAAAAAUUAAUACAUGGUAUUAUAUGUUUUAGUCCGAUAUUUACGAUUUUUUGUUAAAAUUUGAUAUUCAAAUUCUUAUAUAAAAAAAAUUCUAUAUUACUCAAUUUUUUUUGAUCAUUAAGUAUAACUUAUAAUGAACCUUCUAUUAAAUUGUCAAGCAUUUCUGUUUGGUCUAACAAUUUUAUCCCCAGAGUACAUUGAUAGCAAACAUUUUAGCUUCCCACCCUGCUGUAUGCUAGAACCACCAUUACCAUCAGCAGUAUUAACCCUGUUUUUUAUUUAUAACUUCAUAUUAAAAAUUUUUUUUUUCAGGCUUACCCUUUAGAUAUGUCUCAAUAUAGUUCAUUAUUUAAUAAUACUCGAAUUCCAAAGAUCAACAAAGAUAUUUUACAUAGUAAUUCAUCUGGAAAACACAUUAUAGUGAUGAGACGAGGACAUUUCUAUACAUUUGAUGUACUAGAUGAUCAAGGUGUUCACUUAUUCACAAUUAAUUACAAUUAAUCUAAAAUUAAAAUUUUUAUUUUAUGCAUUUUUAGGCAAUAUAUUGGAGCCUGAGUUAUUGUUAUCAAAAUUAAAAUAUAUUUUAAGAAAUGAUAUUAUACCAUCUAAUUAUCCUAUUGGUAUUCUAACAACUACUGAACGUAAUAAUUGGGCCUAUUUCAGAAAUCAUCUAAUUAAGUUAGGAAAUGAAAAAUCCUUACGCUUGAUUGAUGAAAGUCUUAUGAUGAUUGCACUUGAUGAUGAAGAACCUGGUUCUGAUCCAAUUAAUUGUGUAAAACAAUAUUUACAUUCUGAUGGAAUCAAUAGGUAAAAUAGUAAUUGUAUACAUUUAAUUUAUAAACUAAUGACUAUGUUGCAGCUUUAUUUUUUGUUUAACAGAAUAUUGUUAUUACCUAACACUAUUAAUCUAUUUUGCAUAAAUGUUGAAUUUCCAGAAUGGUAUAUUUCCGAUUAUUGAUGAAUGUUAUUUUUUCCCCAGAUGAUUUAUUUGAGUUUUUUCAAAAAUUAUUUUUAAGUUUAAACAAUUAAUUAUAAUUAUACUAUUUAUUGUUAUAUAUACAAUAAUAUUAUGAGCCAGGUCUAAGUUCAAGACAUAUGAGUUGGUAUAAUUCAAGAUGAUACACUGAUAUCUUUGUAUAAUAUUGAAAAUCCAACCACUUUCUUUUUAGCUGAAUAAAGCUGAAUAAUAUUUAGGAAAUUUAAAAUUCUGAUAAAAAAAUAUAUACUAUUUGGGAAAAAACUAUUUGGGAUAUAGUAUUUUUCCAUACUGGAAGGAGGAAACUAAGGCUUUCUUCUUUCUUUAUGAGUGCAUUAAUAUCCAAACUUAAAGUAAAAUGUCUCAUCAAUCUAUUGACAAGAAACAAAAAUGUCAACACUAAAAUGUUUAAAUGAGUAUAUUUCAUCUAAUACUGAAAUUUUUAAUAUAGGUUGCCGUUUAUAAAAUAAGUUUCACUCUCAAAAUAUAAUUAAUAUAACACUCUGGAGCUUAAUUGUGAACAAAAUUAUUUAAAAAAGUUAAUACUAUGCGAGAUAUAGCAAUGGGUAUUGUGUUUAUUUUUGUAGGACACUAUAUACCAAGUGGUGCAUCUGAAUCACAUUAAAAAUGAUUCAUUGGUCAAUUUGAUUUUAAGUUUUUCUUUUUGGAGUAUCAUUUGUGUGGUGGUACAGCAAUUUAUAAUAUACCAUUACUCUCCUCCAACCUAAAUUUAAAAGUGGAAUAUCUCAUCAACAGAUUGACAGAAAUCAAAAAUGACAACACUAAAAUUUAUUUUAACUAAUACUCCAUCUAUUUAUGGAAUUUUUAAUAUAGGUUACCAUUUGAAAGUCAAAAGUAGGUAGUGGUUUUACCAACAAAAAUAAGGGCAACAAAAAAUAAUAUAAGUAUAAAAUUGUAGAGCAGUUUGUUUUUUAAAUGUUCUAGAAAACAAAUCCGGAAAAAGUUAAUACUUUCUGAGAUGAUGAGUGUACCCACUUAAGUAGAUCAUUUAGUAUAUAAUGUAGACCCUUUUCUGAAAGGAAAUUUUCUUGCUAUGAUACUUUAAGGAAGUCAUUUCCCGAUUUUCUCAUGAAAUGUGAAAACGGAAAAAUGUAUAAAAUGUAGGUAUUAGUCGAAAAAUAUUUUUUCGACUUUUUUUCUAUGAACAACUUUUCUACUAGAAAUUUUGCACCAAUUUACAAUGAUAGCACAUUUUUUGAAAGGAAAUCUGACUCUAAAGGUAGGUACUUUAAAGAAGUAAUGUUUUGAUUUUCCUAGAAGUUUUUCUAAUAAAUGGGAGAAACAUGGGGAAACAGGAAAUUAGGUACAAUAUUAAAUAAAUAUUAUUAAAGAAAAUGUUUAAUGCAUAUGUAAUUAUUUUACCAUAAUAGACAUAUAUAUAUUGUUGACAAAGCAUCACUAUUAACUGAACUAUGCUCAGAAUUUUUUUUUAGUAAGCAUUAGUUGCUUACAGAUACAAAUUAAAUUCUGUUCUGUAUCAUAUCUUUUCAACUUCUCACCUAUAACAGUGGCUGCACCCGUCUCCAUUAUCCUAGGACAGCUUUCUUUAUUAUUAUGUUUUGUAUUUUCGUUCAAUGUGGGUUUUGCUAUCGGUGCUGUAACACCUACAGUGCCUCUUUUUAAAACCUUACAGGACUUUCUUCUACAUUAAUUUACCACAUUGGUUCCUCCGGGCUGCUGUCCUAAUGUUACCCCUAGUUGAUAUCUUCUGUGAAACCAUCUUCUAUUGAAUUUCUUUUCCUUUGGCGUGACACCAUAUUACCAGUUUCUGCCACUUUAUACUUUUUUUAUACUGGAGCUGUUAUUACCAUUAUUUUUUUGUUUCCACACGAGUCCUGACUUCUUAACUGCCUCUGAGAUGAUCUCCUAUCAGUUCUUCUCCGAGAUCCACACGGAGAUCAAAAAUUCCGUUGAUGUUUCUCUCCAAGGCUGCUGCCCCAUUUUUCAUCAUGCUAUUUGUCACCCAUUUUUUGCCGAUUUGUGUCUUUUUCACAACUUUUGUGUACUUUUAGGAGCACUUCCUGAACCUAAUUAGUUUAAAUUUAGGAAUUAUGUAGUUAUUUUAUAGUAGGAUUGAAAUAAUAAAGUUGGGUUGAAUUUGAAUAUAAAUAUUACAUUGUUGUUGCCUUGGAGAGUGUUAUUUACUUACUAACACCAUUAAAAACCAUUCCAAUUGAAGCUAGGGGGAAUAAAUGGAAUAAACAACCAAGGAGUUGUAAGGAUAUAGAUUUUGGGGGUUUUAACUUGAAACCUGCGACCUGGGUUAAACCUCAACCCUUACUACGUUUAAUUAUAUCUUGUUUUUUUUUGGAAGUAGUAGUUGUAGUACAGUAUUAUUAAGGUAUUGAGUUAUUUAUUGAUUUAUAAAGUGUAUUUUUAUAAUGUAAAAUGGGUGGGGGAAAAUUUAACUUUAAAAACUAAGGUUUGCUGCUCACCAGUGUUUUAUUAUUUCAAAACUGUAGUUGAGUUUCGGCUUAAUACAAAUAUCAACUAUCAUCAGUAUAGAAUUUUAAAUAUAGAUUUUUAAUACUUGAAAUAUUUAUUCAUAGGUGGUUUGAUAAGUCAUUCACAUUAAUAGUGUGUGCUGAUGGAACAUCAGGAUUAAAUUUUGAACAUUCGUGGGGUGAUGGAGUUGCUAUUUUAAGAUAUUUUCAAGAUAUAUCUAAAGAUAGUAAAGAACAUCCUAGGUGUCAUCCAGAAAAUUUAAAUCAAGAAUUUAAUUCAGACACUUUUGAUGUAAAAAAAUUGGGUAAUUAUUUUAAACGACUUAUAAUAUUAACUUAAGGAAAGUUAAUGAUUAUUUUGUACCUAUAAGUUAAUAAUAUGUAAAAUAUAUCAAAUUUUAUAAAGUAUCUAAAAAUAAAUUGUCUAGUAUAUUAAAAAAAAAAAAUAUUAAUAGAAUACUCAUCGACUACUCAUCAAUAGAUUUAAGAUUUAAUUCAAUUUUGACAGAACACCUUAAGCAAAUAUUGUCUAUAACAUUAUUGGUAUAACAUAAUGAUAUAAAAGUUUAGAAAUAUAUCCGCGGAUGAAUAUCUAUAAGCCCAACCCUACUCAUUCUACAAUAUUAUUAUAAUUAUUACAAAUGUAUAUACAUACUCUUUGAACAAAAAUAUAUUUAAAAUGAGGUAGAAAAUAUUAUUAUAUAUUAUUAAAAUUGUUUUAUCAUAUUUAUUUAUAAUCUUAUAUGCAUACAUUUAAUAUUUUAGAAUUCAAUUUGGAUGAAAAAAUUAAAAGUAAUAUUUUGAAAUCACUGAACGAAUACAAAUUUAAAUAUGAAUCUCUAGACAUUAAUUACUUUGAAUUUUUCAAUGUUGGUAGAAACAAAUGUAAAAAGUAUGGAAUUAGUGCAGAUUCCUUGAUGCAACUUUGUUUCCAGGUAAAUAAUAGAGAUGUUGGUAUUUUUCUAAAUUCUAUUAACAUACAAAAUUAUAUUUAAUAUUUAAUUCUAGUUGGGCUAUUAUAAAUUGCAUAAAAAGCAUGUUGGUACUUAUGAAUCUUGUAGUACAGCAGCAUUUAAACAUGGACGGACAGAAACUGUGAGACCAUGUACUACAAAGACUGCGGUAUAUAUAUUUUAAAUGUGUAUAAUAUAUAUUAUUUACAACUAAUUAUGUAUAAUUAAAUAUUAAAAUAUUAAGGAUUUCUGUCAAGCAGUUUCCAGUAAAAAUAAGCCUUCAAAUGAUGACUUAGUGAAUAUGAUAAAACAAUGUUCAGUUGAACACAGUAAACUUGUAAAAGAAGCUGCUAUGGGUAAUAUUUUAGUAUAUAAUAUUAAUGCAGUAUGAUUAAUUGAGCAUGCUCAAUGAUGCUCAAAAAAGAAAAAAAAGAAAAUUAUAUUAUUUGUAAUAUUCCAUGUUAUAAUAAUAUAUUAAAUAUUAUACUUAUUUUAGAUUAGCAAAGAAUGUAUUGAUUUUACAAAUAUGUUAAUUUUUUUUUAUGUGAACACUCUACCAGAAAGCUUACUCUGAUAUAUACAAUGUUGAUUUUUUUUUAAAAGGAAAUUUUCUUGAGGUAGUACUUUAAGCAGGUUAUUUUUCGAAUGCCUAUUUAAUUAUUUAAUAUUUUACCAUAUUAUGACAUAUAUAUUGUUGACAAAGCAUUACUAUUAACUGAAUUCAGAAUCGUUUUUUUGUGAGUAAUGGUUUAUCAUUGCUUACAGAUAUACAUGAAAUUCCCUUCUAUAUCUUAACUUCCCAACUUCCCACCUAAAACAAUGGCUGCAACCAUCCUCAUUAUCCUAGAACAUCUUUUUAGUAUAAAUAUUCUUAUUCUAUAUUAUACCUUUUAAUAUUUGCAAUAAUCAAAGUUAAAUAUAAAGAUUUACCAAUUAAAACAACAAUCUUAUAUUUAAUCUUCAAAAAGCUAUUUUCUUCUCUAUAUAAUGAUACUAUGUUAGGUUAUAUAAUUUGCAUUUUUUAUAAUAAAGUGAACUACUUAUUAGGAAUAAAAUCAACUACUAGUGUUUGUCACAACUUUUUUUUGAACAUUUUGAGGUUAUCAGUCUGACAUUUGAUUUGUAUUUUGUAUAAUAUUCCUUAAAUGGGUAGGUCUAAUUAUGAACUCUUAAAGUUUAUGAUUUGUUAACCUUGUUUUUAUUACUUGUAUGUUAUUUUGUUGAUUUUUAUAUUUUAUUGUUUUAAUUUUCAGGACAAGGUUUUGAUCGGCAUUUAUUUGCUCUGCGAUUAUUAGCUAUGAAAAAUAAUUUGAAAACUGCAGAGUUAUUUACCGAUGUCGCUUAUAGUCAAAUUAAUCAUAGUAUUUUGUCAACAUCCAGUCUGACUUCAGAUUAUGUGUGGCUAGGAGGAUUUGGACCUGUUGUGAAAGAUGGUUAUGGAAUUGGGUAAGUUUAAUUUAAUUUUUUUAUUUAUAAUAAUAGGUUUGCGCCCAAACAUCAACAUAAUUAUAAAUUAUUCAGAUUCAUUAAAUUACAAGUUAAGCAUAAAAUAUAUAUGUUGGUUCGAAUAGGAUAAAAUUGUUGGUUUAAGAAAAACAUUAAGAACAGAAGAAGGUAGAGUUGGAAUUAGCAAUAGACAUAAGAUGGAGAAUUGGUUCAUUAAGUUUGUAAUUAUUAGAGUGGAAAGGAAGUGAAAAAAGUCUGUGGUCAGCUAAGCUUACUAAAUUAUGUUUACAGGAACAGGGUCAUAGAUAUAUAGAGGGUGAUCAAUUUUGAGCAGGAAAGCUGCAUGCUUAAGAAAUGUAUACUUUUUCUAAUUGCCUGCAGGCCACCACAGUAUGGGGGUCCCAGAAAACAGAGUUAUCUUCAAUAAUUGGCCACAAUAAAGAACCUUACACACUUCAAGAAACCCAACAUUUUCAGAGCUUUUCAACAAGAUUUCUCGAUAUGGAGAUUUUAAAUUUAUUAUGAUUAAAGAUGGGUGUAUUUAAAUUAAAUAUAUUUGAAAUACAUUUUGCAUUUUGUAUACAUUUUUGUGUUGAUUAUUUUGUAUUUUGAAAAUACUCAAAAUGUAAAAUAAAUAAUAACUGUUUCAGUGUUAUUGUAUAAAAUUUGUAACUACAAAUAUUACAGAUAUUUUACAUUUCAAUAUUAUUUACUUUUUUUUUUUUAAGGUACACAAUUCUUGAAGAUUAUUCUGGUGCUAUUAUUACAAAUUACCGAGAACAUACUAAUGGAGAUGAAUUCAAAAAUGCCUUAACACAAAGUUUAAAUCAAAUUCUUGAUUUAUUAAAAACAUAAUUUAGUCUAUUAGAUUAAGAAAAAUUGUAUUGCUCACAUUACUUAUUAGUUAGAUUAACAACAAUUUCAUAAAACUAUUAAACAUUAAUUGAAAUUUAAAAGUAAGUAUUUAAGUUAAAUUAUACUUAAAUAAUAAUAAAUAAUAAAUAAUAAAUAAUUUCAACUAUUUAUACUAAAUAGAGUAGUGGUUGGAAAAAGCAUAGUGAAGUAGUAAAUUUAAUAAAAUAUUAAAUAAUUUGUAGUGAUAUUAUUUUAAUUUUAUGCUAUAGUAAAAUAAAAUAUGUAACUUACAAACUAUAAAGAAAUUAUCUAUUCAUAAAGGAAACAUCAAAUAUUGGAUUAUCAAAAAUUUCUAGUUUUAAGUUAAAAAAGCAAAUUUUGUAGAGUUAAAAAAAAAAGUAGUGAUGAUUGUAGGGAAAUCCUCUUUUUUAGGGGGGAGGGAAUGUUGCAAGUUAUAAUGUACUACAUUGAAGUAGUGAUUUUCUACCAAUAGUUCAAUUCAACAGCAAUUUAUUUUAAAUUUUGAGCAUAACAAGGAAUGUAUUGAUUUUACAAUGUUUAUUUUUAUUUCUUUUUUUUGUGAACAACUUUUCUACCAGAAAUUGUAUUCUGAUUUUCAAGUGCUGCACCUUCUGAAAAAAAAUUUGAUUGAGGUAAUACUUUAGGGAGGUCAUUUUUUGCUUUUCCUUGGGUUUUUUUUAAUAAAUGUGAAAAGUUGGCAAAAAUGUAGGAAAAACUGGAAAAUGAAACUAAUUAUUUUUAAAUCAUAAAUAUUAGAAAUUUUUAAAACAUAUAUAACGGAACUCCACAUAAAAUUUUUUUUUGUUACCAAUGAAUAUUCCUUGCAUACAGAUGUACAUUAAAUUCUACCUUUUUAAUUUCUCACUUACAAUAGUGGCCCACUCAUCAAAGUAUGUCCAUUUGUUUUUUUUAUUAAUAUUCAUUUUUCAAUGUUUCAGUUAUAUGAUUUUAUAUUUUUAAGACAACAAUGACUUAAGUAUUUUAUUGGGUAUUAAAUUCAUACAUUAAUAUAGAUAUAUAAUUGUUAAUAAUGUGUUGGGUAUCAUGUUAAUUGUUUAUUUUAUAUUUUAUUUGUAUUAUUAUAUUACUUUAUUUUAUGUAUGUGGUGUCAUUAAUUAUUGAAUUUAUGUUUUUAUUUGUUUAUUUAUGUAAAAAUAAAAUCUGUAUCAGUAAAAGUAUAAAUAAAUAUUAAAAGUAUUGCAU